GACGAGCGAAUUAUAGAGUAAAAACCUCAACGACACAACAAAUCUGCCUCCGAUGUACAAGCAGUUUGAAACUCCAAUUUUUCAAGAUGUGGACGUUUUGGGAGAAAGUGAGACUUGACCAACUCUAAAAAGAUGAUUUUCAGCCUGAUAUUUCACCUCUUUCUUCCGAUCACCAUGACGACCACACUCGCCUCGUCUCACCUGUGCCACUGCAGUGUCCACCCCACAGAGGGCCUCAUCGUAAACUGCAGCUCCACUUACCUCCCCGCCCUCCCUUACCUGUCCCGGGACGUCGCGGAGCUCCACCUGUCCGACACCGGCCUCUCCACGCUGCCUCCGGGCCUCUUCGACAAACUGGUCGGCCUCAAAAAGCUCUCCAUUUCUGAGAAUCCGUUCCAUUGCGACUGCGGGAUUCAGUACUUGAGGAACUGGUUGGUGAAAAACAGAGAUAAAGUUACAAAGGAGCCGACCUGCGCGAGUCCGGGGGUCGUGACCCAGAAAAACAUAAGUGAACUGAGUGAGGCCUUUUUCUCGUCCUGUUCCAAACCAAACUGCGCAAACGGGAUCUACUUUAUUGCAACGUGUGCGAUUCUUUUGUGCGUUUUGGCUUUAAUCGUCUACACUUUGAGACUGGCCAAAGAAUCCACGAUAACUCUGUACAUAGAUGAGAGACACGCGCUUUUCGAAGCUCAUUCUCUCCGCUCACAAAAGCCCAAACACAGACGGAGGUUGAGCUGUCUGAAGAAACCCGAGCCGCUGGAGACGCCGCUUCUGAACGUGGAGCCGCUGCCCGAAGCUCUGGACACGCAGCAGCAGCACAACAAGCGCGACACUGGGGUCAAAAAGGAUUAAUAGUUUCUCGGACUGCAGCGUUUUUCACAGCAGCAGGUCCAGACCAACCAAACUUGAGUGCAUUUGAGUUUCAAAGUGGUGCAAAAGCUGUGCCGUUCCAUUAAAACGCUCGUAUUUACGCAAGUUUCUGAUGUGUGUUUUAAUGUUUCUUCAUCACAAACAGAUCUUUUCAAACAUAAGAGUCAAUUUUGCAUAAUAUUGGACUGUUACGUUUGCGCUCGCGUGUUAAAUGACUGUGCAAACCUUUAUAAAUGAGUUUGCAGUACUUCCUUUUGCACGACUAUGACACAUUUCUAGUACAACAAGACGACUAAAGGUCAGGGGUUAAAAGCCUGUUAACGACUGGGUCUGUUCACAGCAAACAAAAACUGGGACAAAGUUAAAUUCAGGGUCAGUUUACAUAAAUGAAAGUGAAAUAUUUUUGUUUCUAUAGCACAUUUAAGCAGACCAAAGUGCUUCACAUUAAAGUCAACGAAAAAAAUAUAUUCAGAUAAGACGAUACACGUAGGAAAAGAACAAUAAAACACCAAGAUGUCCUGUGUGGCUGGUGUUAAAUGCCAGGGAGGAGAGGUGGGCUUUCAGUUUAGUCUUAAAUGGCAGUAAAGACAGAGGAUCUGACAGGCAGAGGGCGCUGUUCCAUAGUCUGAGCACUGUCACAUCAUCUGGGUGGAGUAUUGACCUUAUUCCGCCCCGCCCACUUUUCCUGUAAAUGCAACGACAAAGAAAGUGCGGUUUAGUCGCACUUUCGGUUAAGUGGGAAUCCCGUUCCUUUCGAUGGAUAAUUUGGGGAAAGUUUCAGAGCUAAAAUAUAAUAUAAAGUAGUUUGGUUUGGGUCAAAUGUCCAGUGUUUAUGUGCAACAACAAGUCAACACUGCAAUGAUUCUCUGGGAAGCUUCAAAAUGGCUCUGUAAUGACUAUAGAACUUUAAUUGUUCUCAAGAUCGGCAGCUCCAAACAAAAUAAUACAACCCAGAGGACCCGUAGAGCGCAGACAGAGGACAUAUAGAGCGCAGACAGGUCCCAUAGAGCGCAGACAGAGGACAUAUAGAGCGCAGACAGGGCCCAUGGAGAGCAAACACAACCCAUAAAGUGCAGACAGGUCCCAUAGAGCGCAGACAGAGGACAUAUAGAGCGCAGACAGAUCCCAUAGAGUGCAGACAGGGCCCAUGGAGCGCAGACACAGGACCCAUAGAGAGCAAACAGGACCCAUAAAGCGCAGACAGGACCCAUAGAGCGCAGACAGGACCCCGUAGAGCGCAUACAGGACCCAUAGAGUGCAGACCGGGCCCAUAGAGCAAAGACAAGACCCCAUAGAGCGCAGACAGGACCCCGUAGAGCGCAGACAGAGGACAUAUAGAGCGCAGACAGGGCCCCGUAGAGCGCAGACAGAGGACAUAUAGAGCGCAGACAGGUCCCAUAGAGUGCAGACAGGACCCGUACAGCGCAGACAGAGGACAUAUAGAGCGCAGACAGAGGACAUAUAGAGCGCAGACAGGGCCCAUAGAGCAAAGACAAGACCCCAUAGAGCGCAGACAGGACCCCGUAGAGCGCAGACAGAGGACAUAUAGAGCACAGACAGGUCCCAUAGAGUGCAGACAGGACCCGUACAGCACAGACAGAGGACAUAUAGAGCGCAGACAGAGGACAUAUAGAGCACAGACAGGUCCCAUAGAGUGCAGACAGGACCCGUACAGCACAGACCGAGGACAUAUAGAGCACAGACACAGGACCCAUAGAGAGCAAACACGACCCAUAAAGCGCAGACAGGACCCCGUAGAGUGCAGACAUUUAAAAAUUUGAAUUGCACCCACAAAAAAGCGACUGUCGUCAGUUGGAAGAACUUUAAGACACAAGUUUAUAGACCCAAUCUCUAACAAAUAUCAACAAGGGCCAACAUUUGUGGAUCAUAUAUUUGGAUAUUUCUUUCAAAAACAGUGAAUCUUCUAGAGUUACACAGGCUCCACUCCUCGAUCUAAACGUGAACUUCCUUUAAAAUAAGACGAGCCCUGUUCUGGGUGUAGUCCUUUGGUUUUCACUGGAAGAGCAAACAGAUUUGAGUGUGUGUGUUAUGGAUUAGGGUUUUUCUAAAGGACUGUACAUUAUCAGGGUGGGAUCCUGUUGGAGAGACGACGCUUUUGUAACACGAGAUCAGGCGAAACUGUAGAAUCGUGAAGUCACGGAGGCGCCUGUUCAUGUGCGGAGGUUUUUCGCUGUUGAAACGAUGGCUCAAAUAGACUCGGGAUGGAAAAUGGAGCCCAAAUAAAAUGUGUAUUACUGCUCGUUAUGUGUCAGUGUGGCCAUAAAAUAAGUGAUGAUGAGUGUGAUGUUAUGUUCUCUAUAGACAAUGAAUCAAAUUUCCUGCUUGAAUUUGUUAAAAAAAAACAAAAAAAAAACUGGAAUAUAGCACAGUAUGGCUUUAACUGAGCAGGUGAUACCAUGAGGUCAAGUUACAGUUAAGCACUUUAGAGGCUUUGGAGUUAAAUCGAUAAAUAGUUUGGCCGAUAUUUGGCCUUUUUAGCUUAUGGACAAUCAGCCUUAAGUCUCCAGGACAGGCCGAUAUUUUGUUUUGGUUGAUCUGCUGCCUAAAAAUACACAAAACUCUUAAUAUUAACAGGCUCAUACAAAGAGAUACCUGCACAAAACGUGACUACACAGCUCUUUUAAAGGUGUACUGUGUAACUUUUCUGGUGGAGGGCUGUCUACUACUGUAAUUGCUUUGCCUUGAAUCUUAUACAGUAUGGAAAUAAACUCGGUUAGACAGGUCAGAUCUAUGGCAAAACAAGCUCGCACAUAAUAAGAAUUUAUGUUUUUUAUGGCAUUUUUUGAGCCUUAAUGCACGUGUAAUUGAAUACAAGAAAGGCAGAUAAGUUUAAUGUCAUACUGUGGAAUAUUCUAUGCAAACAAACAACCGGCUCUCCACCUUAGACGUUACAUAGUGCAUCUUUUAAAGUUAAUGGUCAAAAAGGGCUUGGGGUGAGUUUGUAGUAAAUUUAAAUAACAUAAUUUGGAGAAAAUGAUCAAAAUCUGCCCAAAAAUAUCGCCAAAUUUUAUGGGCCAUCGCUCGCUCUGGAUUCUAAACAAUCAGUCUCAGCGUCGGCCAUGAAAAAAAACCCUAUCACUCACUCUCAAGAGGCAACCGUACUCAUAGUCCAUGUGUUUUUCAAGGUAUUUUAUCGUGAAAAAAACUAAUAAAAUAAACGUAAUGCAAGAUAGACACAUUUAAGGUCCCAUGGUGCAGCUUUUCAGUGAAGUGAAGUGAAAAACUGCGGAAAAAUAAAUGCAUAAAACGUCGGUUGAGUUUCCAUCGCACUGUAUUUAAUCAGCACUGUGUGGAA